AUGUGCAUGACAUGCAAUUGUGGGCAUAUCUCUCAGCGGGUGGGCAGCCAUGCAUCCGAGCCAACUGCUGAUGCGAAAGCCACGAGCGAGAGCCAGCAGCUGGUGCAACACUUCGAAUAUAAUACAGGCGACAAUGCAGGAGUCAGCUAUGAGGCGCCGCGCCAUUGGUCCGUUGUCUAUGACUACCCCCGCCAAAUUCAUGCCCGUGGUGCCACCCGUGAGCGACUGCAUUCAGCUGGGAAAAGAGACGAAGCCGAUGCUCUCACCCACACCGCUCUGAAAUCCGCAGAAGCCGUUGGUCUUUGGAUUUUGCUGAUUUUAGCACUGCAGUCAAUUCUAUUGCCCAUGAUGUGCACACCACGGCCACGGACACUGGACACUGUGCGAGACCACGGCAUGGGCAUCGCUCCACCAAUCCCCACUGACGCGCUCGCAACGACCCGGCACGUCCUGGAGACAUCACCUGGGGACGGCGGUCUCGCCCCCACCCCUCAUUGA